UCCUACACGGGUGGCGCUUCUUGUGCGACACGUUCAUCCGUCGAAAACGAAACACCUGAGUUCUCACAGGAAGCGAAACCGAACUACUAUCAUUAUGUAGAGGUAACCAUAUUAUGGUGUCAAAGAUGGCAGGACUAUCAGAUAAGGAGCGCAUUGGCUGCGCAAAGUUACUGAGCUUGAUGCCAGAAAGUGAUGUACGAUCGCUUUGUGAGACUGUCACAAGUAAAAAGAUCCAAGUAGAAACUACCCGAGCCGCAAUUGAAGCUAUUGUGUCUUACUCCAACGAUGCGGCGGAGCUUUUCAAAAGGAGGAAAGUGCAUCGAGAUAUAAUUUUCAAGUACCUCGCCAAAGAGGGGAUCGUCAUGCCAAUUCAUUGUGAUAAAACACUACUAGUGAAAAGGACCUUAGAGUUUUGGUCAUCUGGAAAGCGUGGGCAACCAACAAGUGGAGCAGAUCCAGGGCGCCGACCUGGUCCACCUGCGUCUCCUGGCCCUUGUCAAGGACGAGCGUCUGUUCCUCAACCCAAACCUGGAGCCCCACGGGCACCGGCUUAUGAGUUCUCUCGUCCAGGCCCAGAGAUCCAGUCCACAGAAAUAAAGGCUGAGAUAACGGUUGAGCAAUCGAGUGAACAGUUUUGCCGGUGGUUCUUUCAGCUCCUAAACAGCCAGAACCCCUCCUUGGGCCAGGCUCCUCAAGACUGGGGACCACAACACUUCUGGAUAGAUGCAAAACUAAAUCUUGUAUCUAGCGUGGGCAACCAACAAGUGGAGCAGAUCCAGGGCGCCGACCUGGUCCACCUGCGUCUCCUGGCCCUUGUCAAGGACGAGCGUCUGUUCCUCAACCCAAACCUGGAGCCCCACGGGCACCGGUUUAUAUCCUCCCCGCAUGGGCUGGUGCUGGUCGCCGUGGCCGGAACCAUCCAUCGGGACAACUGCUGGCUGGGGAUCUUCGAGCAGGUGUUUGGCCUCAUCUGCACGCCGAUGGAAAACACCUGGAAGAUAAAGUUCACGGAUCUAAGAGUCAGAGGGGCCGGGACUCAAGAUGGGGCAGAAGGAAUGUCACCAACGGUGACCUGUGACUUUGACGAGCUGCAGCGCCAACAUAGAUCCUAAUAAUCAGGGUAAUACUGAUCUAGGGAUUUGGAGGGUCCCUGGAUGCUUGGUCUCAUGACGGAGUCUCAUGGUUAGGUUUGCACAAUGAAAGACAAUAGGAUCAUAUGUAAAACUGUGCAAAGAAUUCAUUAGUUUAUGAUAUUAUACUAUUUCCGAGGGGUUAGUUUUAGUAUGUAUGGUUUCAUGUAUGCCUUAUCUUUUCAGAAAAUGUGGACGGGAAAAACUUAAAUCUUUUGCUUAUUUUUUAUGUUAACCAAUGGGAACAGGGAGAAAAAAGUAAGUUAGUGAAGCCUAAGGCAGAUUCAUAAUGACAGUACAUAAAUUAAAAAUAAGUUAUUUCAAAACCGAUGUGCGAAAUGUAAAAAACAUUGUUUCAGUCUCUUAGUUUGAGGCACUUAGUCCACCAUAUCAUCAAGCAAUGAAAGAAAAAUCAUGCAUUACAGAUAUUGUAAAAUCAGGCUGCCCCACCAAUUAUGUGCAUUUAGGCAAGAAGCUUACUCAUAAGAGAUAACAAUCUGAAACCAAAACCAUCUUUCAAAAACGUCUGUUGCUGCAAUAACGCGAAGAGCGCAUGAGUCACAAUUUCUGUAUGCUGCACACAUAUGGACUUUGACCUGAUGGCAAAAAAGAAACGUACUUGAGUGGCAAAUGGCCACUCAAGUAAGUAAGAACAAUCACAAACAAUCACAUUAACGUUUUUGACUCAUUCAAACCAGGCACAGCGUUAUGGGUGGGUCUGACGGACCUAGGACCACCCACUGUUCAACAGGCCCACCCAAAACUUUUCUUCAAAAAAAUAAAAGUAAAGGUUAAUAUAUUACAAUCAUUAUUAUUAUUACUUUUUUAUAAAGGCUUCUGAAAUGCUUUAUUGCAAUGCAGCAAA